CUUCUGCUCAGGACGAUGGGCUGCCCAGGAGAGGUAAAGGGCAGCAAGACCUUUCCAUCUUGGAAACUUUUGCGUGAGAGGAAUCCUUGGAUGUAUUGGAGGUUGUACCCCAAAGUCUACCGUGAGCUCCUGAAACUGCCCGGCAGUGCUUUAACACGGGAAGUAGCGCACCCACCCGCACUCCCUCAGGGCUGCCCAGGGUCUGUCCCGGGGGGCGAGGGCAGGAGGAGGCCGGGCUCUGAGGGGUGGAGCGCCGCUGCCGCGGUGCCGGUGCGGAGGGAGGAGGAGGAAGAGGAGGGAUGCCCGUCCUGCGCCGGCCGUUUCCCGGCGGAGCCGUCAGCUGACGCCGCCGUUUCCUGGCUGCCGCCCGCCAUGCUGCGACUCCUGCUCCCGCUGGCCGCCCUGGCCGCGCUCCUCCGGGCGGCGAAGGUACCUGAGAGGAGUUUUGGGAUUGAUUAUGAUUCCAACUCUUUUGUCAAGGAUGGGAAACCUUUCCGUUACAUCUCUGGUAGCAUUCACUACUCGCGGGUGCCCCCGUAUUACUGGAAAGACCGCCUGUUGAAGAUGAAGAUGGCAGGGCUUGAUGCCAUCCAGACGUAUGUCCCAUGGAACUACCACGAGCCCCAGAUGGGCACGUAUGACUUUUCUGGUGGCAAGGAUCUAGAGUCUUUCCUGCAGCUUGCCAAUGACACUGGAUUGCUUGUUAUCCUGAGAGCUGGACCUUACAUCUGUGCAGAAUGGGACAUGGGAGGUCUUCCUGCAUGGCUGUUGGAAAAGAAAUCUAUUGUUCUCAGGUCUUCUGAUUCAGAUUACCUGGAAGCAGUAGAGAGAUGGAUGAGUGUCCUUUUGCCAAAGAUGAGGCCUUACCUCUAUCAAAAUGGAGGUCCAGUCAUCAUGGUGCAGGUGGAGAACGAGUAUGGAAGCUACUUCGCUUGCGACUACAACUAUCUGCGUUUCCUUCUGAAGCUCUUUCGCCUGCAUCUUGGGGAUGAGGUGGUGCUCUUCACAACUGAUGGUGCAAGCCAGUUUCACUUGAAGUGUGGGGCUCUCCAGGGUCUUUAUGCAACAGUGGACUUUGCUCCAGGUGGCAAUGUCACAGCAGCAUUCUUAGCUCAAAGGAGCAGUGAACCUAAGGGCCCUUUGGUUAAUUCUGAGUUUUAUACUGGAUGGUUGGAUCACUGGGGGCACCGUCAUUCUGUUGUGCCCGCACAAACUAUAACUAAAACACUUGAUGAAAUCCUGGCACGUGGUGCUAAUGUUAACCUGUACAUGUUUAUAGGUGGGACUAACUUUGCCUAUUGGAAUGGUGCUAAUAUGCCUUAUAUGCCUCAGCCCACUAGUUAUGACUAUGAUGCUCCACUGAGUGAAGCAGGAGAUCUGACAGAAAAGUAUUUUGCCUUGAGAAAAGUCAUUGGUAUGUAUAAGCAGUUACCAGAAGGUCUUAUCCCUCCAACAACACCCAAAUUUGCAUACGGGAAGGUUCUCUUGCAGAAGGCAGGCACUGUGUUGGAGGUUCUUGAUGGACUGUCACCUUCUGGACCAGUGAGAAGCACUUACCCACUGACCUUUGUUGAGCUAAAGCAGUAUUUUGGGUUUGUACUGUACAGAACUACACUUCCAAAGAACUGCAUGGAGCCAACACCGCUGUCUUCACCUUUAAAUGGCGUCCAUGAUCGUGCCUAUGUCUCUGUGGAUGGGGUACCUCAGGGUGUCCUUGAAAGGGACAAAUCACUGAAGAUAAAUAUAACUGGGCAGGCUGGAGCAAAUCUGGACAUCUUGGUGGAGAAUAUGGGCCGAGUCAACUUUGGUAGAUACAAUAAUGACUUUAAGGGUCUAGUUUCAAAUGUAACUCUUGCUCAAGAUAUACUUGUUGGAUGGGAAAUCUAUCCUCUGGACAUAGAUGGAGCAGUGAACUCUGGCAUUAUUUAUCUCCAUGAUCACCCGAAGACAUCUGCUGUCAAAUCACUGAGUUACGAAGUACCUACAUUUUACACUGGUACUCUUUCAAUUCCUGGAGAGAUCCCAGACUUGCCGCAAGACACCUAUGUCAAUUUUCCUGGCUGGACAAAGGGGCAAAUUUGGAUCAAUGGCUUUAAUCUUGGUCGCUACUGGCCAGCCCGUGGUCCUCAGCUGACCCUUUAUGUUCCAAGUAAUAUACUUGUUGCAUCAGUGCCAAACAACAUAACAGUGUUGGAGCUGGAGCAUUCUCCUUGCAGCAGCCAGGAGUGUGAAAUAGAAUUUGUAGAUGAACCUAAUAUCAAUGCAACCCUAAAGCAUGAAACUGAGAAACCCCCACUCUUUGUUAGAGAGCUAUGGAUACACCAUCUAUAAUGAUUUGAGUAUUUCUUUAUCUUCCCACCCCCUCUUUGCUUCUCUUUCCCUCAGACUAUACUGAUUAACACUGAGUCUUCGAAAAAGGGAAGUUGUUUCGGUGAGGCAACUUCUUAAAUUAUUAAAGACUUUUUUUUUUAAAUCUCUCAGUUAAAUAUUGAAUUUCUUUUUAAAAAUAAAAGCUGGAGCUUUGAAAUUUGCCUUGGACUGUGAAAUUGAACUCAACUGGAAGUUAAUGUUUGCAUCAGUCUUGUAAAAGUGUAGUCUUUGUACACUGCUUACACUACAGUAACCUUCUUAUGCUUUUAUUUUUUACCAUGUUUUGCAACUGGAGAGGGGCCUACAAAAGGGGUGUACAGCCCCCCACUACCUUGCUGGUUUCACUUAAGUGCACUAGUAAGUCAGAGCUGCCAAUAGACAAGCAGCUUUCAGCUUCCUUAAUCACCUGGUUAAAGUAUCCACAUCUUUUUAGUCUUACUGGGUUUACUACCAGCAUUGAGUGGACCUCACUUUUUUAAUGCAAGUGACUUUGGGGAAAUUUCAGUUGAUUUCUUAGAGGAGCAGUGAGAAAGACUGUGGAAGAGAGCACUCAAAUGCCAGCUGGUCCAAACAGCAGUAACAUGGAGAGGGACCUUGUGGUCUGCAUCUGUCCCCUCUUAGAAAGCCAGUUUUCUGCUUCCCUAUUGCUAUCUCUAAAGACUUAAAGUAAAUUGAUUAGUACAAUGAUAUAUGCAAAAUUUAGGCUGCUUUGGUGGAACCAUAGCCUCUGACUAACCUGCCUGCAGAAUGUGGUUUUUAAAUGAUCAAUUUUUCCUUUGAUUUUUUUUGUUUGGUUUGGGGGUUUUUGUUUUGUUUAUUUGUUUUGUUUUAUUUCUUUUUUUUCCCUAGUGGGCAUGGAGUAUCUGCUUUUCAUAGGCCAGCACCUUGAAAGUGGAAUCCUUUAAGUUAAAAAAUUUUAUUUCUCUUUUAGUCAUUAAUUCUCAUCACCUGUUUUGUUCCAGUAAACUGAUGGUCUUUGUAAGUGCCUGAUAUUUGCACAAACUCCAUCAGUACAUCUGAGUUUCUACAACGGACAGACUCUUCUUUUUGAUUCUUGUGAUUUUGAUGUCAGUCACACAAAUUCCAUGGUGAUAUUUAAACAACAGAAGAUGAUGGAAUCAAGUAUUUUUAUAAUCUGUGACUGCUUCCUUUGAUUUUUGUCUGACAUUAUUAAAAUGGUUCCUUAAAGAUUAAA